CUCCCUUCUCCCACAUUUUUUUUUUUUUUAACACUCCCUCACCUCCUUCUUCCCAACCGCGGCUCCCUUCUCUCACUUGCAAACUAUGGCGCCGGAAACCGUCCUCUCCACCACCACCAAUGGUGACUUCUCUGACUCCAUACCAGACCGUCAAAACCCCUCCAAUGGUGAAACACUCAAAACCCCCGACGCCGACGACUUCCCGGAUGACAUCGACAGCUCCUGCUCCACCCCCUACGUCAGCGCCCCCUCCAGCCCCGGCCGCACUACGGUGGGAUUCUUCUACAGCGCUCCCGCCAGUCCCAUGCACUUCGUACUGUCCAAACUGCCGCCGUCUCCGGAUUCCAAUCGCGGCGACGCCGGGUCGCCUGCGUCGCCGUCGACGUCGUUCGAGUUUGAAUUCUCGGCAAGAUUCGCGCCGGCCGGCGCCGGAAGUGCCGGCGGGGCGAUGUGCUCGGCGGACGAGCUGUUCCUGAACGGCCAGAUCCGGCCGAUGAAGCUCGCGUCGCAUUUGCAGAGGCCGCAGCUCCUGGCUCCGCUCGUCGACGGCGAAGAAGGGGAAAUUAUUGGAGACGGAUUCGCCGGCGGCGACGGGGGGGAGGUGGGAGUGGAGGCUGUUAGAGGGAGGGAUCUGAGAUUGCGGGACAGAUCUCUCCGUCGGAGAACCAGAUCUCUGUCGCCGCUGAGGAGCUCUCCCCCUUUUCCGUGGCGAAACGACGACGUCGAUCCGGAGGAUCUGAAUUUGAAAGAGAUGAACCAGGAGAAAAUUAACAAGGAAGAUGAAGAAGCGAUUUCCAUGGAGAGUGCGAAUGCGAGUACGAGCGCUCCAUCCAUGUCUGCUUCAUCUUCGAGGUCUUCUUCAGCUGGGAGAAGCUCGAGGAGGUGGGUUUUCCUGAAAGAUUUUCUGUACAGAAGCAAAAGCGAAGGAAGAGGUAGCAACACCACAAAGUUCUGGUCUUCGAUGACAUUUUCUCCAGCGAAGGAGAAGAAAAUAAAUGCGACUGCGCAAGCCACUCCACCGGCGCCAACCCCGGUGGAAACUCCUGCUGGGGAGAAGCCGGCGAAAGCGAAGAAGAGUGCGGCCAGAGACUCGUCAGCGCAGAAGAAGACGGCAGCCGGAAAAUUUGCCAACGGAGUGGGGAAGCGGCGGGUUCCGCCGUCGCCGCACGAGCUGCACUACACGGCGAACAGAGCGCAGGCGGAGGAGCUGAGGAAGAAGACUUUCUUGCCAUACAAGCAAGGACUACUUGGGUGUUUGGGUUUCAGUUCAAGAAGCUACGGCGCCAUGAAUGGGUUUGCCAGAGCUCUGAACCCUGUUUCUUCCAGGUAAAAAAUCCAUGUCCGCCGGCGAAAGGGAUUGUAUAGAUUUCCUUUUUUAAUUAUUAUUUUGAUUUAUUUUCUUAAUUCUGUUUCUGGGUAUUUCGAUUUAUCAUCUGGGUAUUUUUCUUUUUUCUUUAUUUGGUGGAUCUUCUCUUCAUCAUCUUCAAAAAAAGUGAAGAGAAGAUGUUCCUAGUUCCUACUUCCUAGCUGGUGCAGCGAUGAUGAUCGUGAUGUGUUGGGAAAAAUACCUCCUUGCUUUACCCCUGCCUUUCCUUGAAAAACCGGGGCAGCAGUCUGCAAAAUCCCUCCUCUGUACUACCAUUUGCUUAUAUAAUUUACUUCAUAUUUCUCUC